UCGCCCCCGCGGUCUCCACCGCUGCUGCCUGCGCUGCUGCCGCGGAGCUUCGCGAGUGGAACGGCCGAGGCGGGCCCGGGUGGGGCCGCGGGCCUGGCUGCUCUGCAGAAUGGAGAUAAUCAGGAGCAAUUUUAAGAGUAAUCUUCACAAAGUGUACCAGGCCAUAGAGGAGGCAGACUUCUUCGCCAUCGAUGGGGAGUUCUCAGGAAUCAGUGAUGGACCUUCAGUCACCGCAUUAACAAAUGGAUUUGACACUCCGGAAGAAAGGUAUCAGAAGCUUAAAAAGCAUUCCAUGGACUUUUUGCUGUUUCAGUUUGGCCUUUGCACUUUUAAGUAUGACUACACAGAUUCAAAGUAUAUAACAAAGUCUUUUAACUUCUAUGUUUUCCCGAAACCCUUCAAUAGAGCCUCACCAGAUGUCAAAUUUGUUUGUCAGAGCUCAAGCAUUGACUUUCUAGCAAGCCAAGGAUUUGAUUUUAAUAAAGUUUUCCGCAAUGGAAUUCCGUACUUAAACCAGGAAGAAGAAAGACAGUUAAGAGAGCAGUACGAUGAGAAACGUUUACAGUCCAAUGGUGCAGGUGCUCUGUCGUAUGUGUCUCCUAACACUUCGAAAUGUCCCGUGACAAUUCCUGAGGAUCAGAAGAAGUUUAUUGACCAAGUGAUAGAGAAAAUAGAAGAUUUAUUACAAAGUGAAGAAAACAAGAACUUGGAUUUAGAACCAUGUACUGGGUUCCAAAGAAAACUAAUUUAUCAGACUUUGAGCUGGAAGUAUCCCAAAGGCAUUCAUGUUGAGACUUUAGAAACUGAAAAGAAAGAGCGCUAUAUCGUUAUCAGCAAAGUAGAUGAAGAAGAGCGUAAAAGAAGAGAGCAGCAGAAACACGCUAAGGAACAGGAAGAACUGAAUGAUGCUGUGGGAUUUUCUAGAGUCAUUCACGCCAUUGCUAAUUCGGGGAAACUUGUCAUUGGACACAACAUGCUCUUGGAUGUCAUGCACACAGUUCACCAGUUUUACAGCCCUCUGCCCAUGGACUUAAAUGAGUUUAAGGAGAUGACAACAUGUGUUUUCCCCAGACUUUUGGAUACAAAAUUGAUGGCCAGCACACAGCCUUUCAAGGAUAUUAUUAACAACACAUCCCUUGCGGAACUGGAAAAGCGGUUAAAAGAGACACCUUUCAACCCUCCUAAAGUUGAAAGUGCAGAAGGUUUUCCAAGUUAUGACACGGCUUCUGAACAGCUGCACGAGGCAGGCUAUGAUGCUUAUAUCACAGGACUGUGUUUCAUCUCCAUGGCGAACUACCUAGGUGGUCACUACACAUGCUUCUGUCAGAUACACUGUGGUCCCUGGUGGAUCUUCCCUGUCGCCCCUGUCUCCCCUUUCCCCAGGAUCCCCUCACCCAGUUCCUUUCUUAGUCCUCCAAAGAUUCACGUGUCUGCCAGGUCAAAACUCAUCGAACCUUUUUUUAACAAGUUAUUUCUUAUGAGAGUCAUGGAUAUCCCAUAUCUAAACUUGGAAGGACCAGACUUGCAGCCUAAACGUGAUCAUGUCCUCCAUGUGACAUUCCCCAAAGAAUGGAAAACCAGCGACCUUUACCAGCUUUUCAGUGCCUUUGGUAACAUUCAGAUAUCCUGGAUUGAUGACACGUCAGCAUUUGUUUCUCUCAGCCAGCCUGAACAAGUACCAAUUGCUGUCAAUACCAGCAAAUAUGCAGAGAGCUAUCGGAUCCAGACCUAUGCUGAAUAUGUGGGGAAAAAAAAUGAGGAGAAGCAGAUCAAGAGAAAGUGGACAGAAGAUACUUGGAAGGAGGUUGAGAGAAAGCGGUUAAACACACAGUGCAUCUCCUAUGCUCUUCAGAAUCACUGUUACCACGCCAAUAGUCUCACAACCACCAGCACAGUAGGAAAGAGAAAUCUGAGUCCCAGUCAAGCAGAAGCUGGCCUGGAGGCCAGAGUAUCAGAGGAAAUUUCUGACACUGAGCUUGAGCAGACCGACCCUUGUGCAGAGUGCCCCUCAGAGGGAAGGAAAAAGGCCAAGAAAUUAAAAAGAAUGAAGAAGGACCUUUCUCCAACAGGAAGCGUCUCGGACAGCUCGGCCAAGCUCUUUGAAGUCCCUGACACGUGGUAAGCUGAGGGAGCAAACCGCUGGUGCUGGUGCUGAGAGAGAAGGGCGCCGGCACGUUCGGAAGCCAUACUGUGUUUAACUGAAUCCCAUGUGGUACAGGAGGGGCGUGAAACCCAGUGUGUCUCCUGAGAAAUCCCAGUGUCUUUCUUCAAGGCUGUGUUUCCUCCUCUUUCGCAUCCCCUGUCUGCUGGCGCAGCUCCUUGUCAGCUGUCGUGUGUACGUGGAAAACCAGCGCGUUGCUCGUGGCUCGUGUGAAACCCUUCCUGUCGUGAAUCUGUGUUUGAGAAUCCACCUGAUGGGGAAGGUCGGCCGUGAGAUCCGCCAAAGAGCCCACACUCUUGGGUGCUGUGAUCGUGAAUUGCGGGUGGAGCUCGUUCCUGCUCUGAGACGUUCUCAUCCCCCCUCUCACGCUCAGGCCUGGGGGCAGCCGCAGCGCAUGGAUACGUCUCCCAGUGGAGAGAUCGGUCGUGUCCGCCUGCUUCCCACCAUGGCUGCCUGAAAACACGACGCUCUUAAGCUUGCUUUCCCAGUAGGAAGAUGUCUGCCGCUGUCAACCCGUGCCUUCACCUUUGGGGCAUAUUUAUUUAGAAUUUUUUCCCUAAGAUGUGAGUUUCUCAUGGUGGAGUGUACGAGCGAAACGUUAAUUUCUGUUUACACAUGUAGCGCUGCGUUCACUUUUCAGCGUCUUAGCCUGGUGUCUUCUCUGUUUGGUGGUGUCUGCGGGUGAAGUGGUGUGUGCGUACGUGUGUGUGUGUGUGUGUGUGUGUGAGAGAGAGAGAGAAAUCAUGACAAAUCGACACCAUGUACCAGCCCUUUCUCCGCUGAAACAGAUCACAGCAGCGACAGAAUCUCUUGGAUCUACUUCAGUAGAUCUGCUUCAUAUAGAUCAUUGUUAGAUAUUCAACGUUUUUGUAUCAUGGAAAUAAAAAUGAAAAAUGUAUUUCUGAAAGAUGAAAAUUAAAGAAAUUUUCAUAGGA